CAACUCUCUCCAAUUCCCUAUCAUCAUGAAGUCCCUCGUCCUCCUCCUCCUCCUCCUAGUCCUAUCCAUAAUCGCCCUCCAAUGCCUCGUUGGCACAUCACGCGCCUGCCACGUGGACGACGAAACGAGUCUCCUCUCUUUCAGAUCUCACAUCACCCACGACCCUUCGGGCAUGCUUGCCUCGUGGAUGUCUGGUACCGACUGUUGCAUUUGGGAGGGCAUAACCUGCCUCCACAGUGAUCGGGUCACCGCACUCGGGCUGUUCAGUCAAACCGAUACGCCAGAUCGAUUCUUAUCGGGCACCAUCUCUCCGUCUCUCGCGAAGCUCAGGGAUCUCGACGGAUUCUAUUUGGUGAACAUGAGGAACAUCACGGGUAAGUUCCCGACUUCCCUAUACGGACUUCCCAAACUCCGGUAUGUCUACCUAGAGAACAACCGGUUGUCGGGUCCCUUGCCCAAUGACAUAGGCAAGCUAGGAACUCGACUAGACGUACUAAGCCUGGAAGGGAACCGAUUCACUGGGUCGAUCCCCAGUUCUGUGUCUGAGUUAACCGGGCUGACCCGGUUGAACCUCGCCGGCAACUUAAUCACCGGCGAUAUACCGGUCGGAAUUCGCCGCCUGAAAGCGUUGAUCCAGUUGGAACUCCAGAGUAACCAGCUGUCCAAACCCAUCCCUGAGAUCUUCUCGUCUCUCGAUCAGCUCAGGUAUCUCAACCUUUCCCGCAAUAAAUUUGCCGGGAAAAUCCCUAACUCGAUUUCAUCCCUCGCCCCCAAAUUAGCUUACCUCGAGCUCGCCCACAAUACCCUCACCGGUCAAAUCCCUAGUUUCCUGGGGGAAUUUCAAUCCCUCAGCACUCUGGAUCUUUCAUGGAAUAAUUUCACUGGAGCUCUGCCUCAAUCCUUCAAGAAACUCGCGGGAAUCUCCAAUCUGGAUCUCUCCCACAAUUCCCUCGUCGAACCGUUUCCUGUAAUGAACGCGAAACGCAUUCGAUCCCUAGAUUUAUCAUACAACAACUUCCAUUUGGGGAAAAUCCCUGAUUGGGUCACUUCUUCGCCAAAUGUCUACUCCCUGAAGCUUGCGAAAUGCGGGAUCAAGAUCAAUUUGACGAAUUGGAACCCGAAGGAGGCGUAUUUCUACGAGAGAAUCGAUCUUUCGGAGAAUCGAAUCUCCGGCAGCCCGAUUCCGCUGCUGAAUCGGGCGGAGAAUUUGGUCGGGUUCUGGGCUUCGGGGAAUCGACUGAGUUUCGAUCUGGGGAAGAUGAGGAUCGCUCACGCGAUGUAUGAUUUGGAUCUGUCGAGGAAUUCGGUCUUUGGGGGAGUGCCCAGUUCGGCUUCCGAGCUCCGGAGCUUGAAUUUGAGCCGGAACCAUUUGUGCGGGCGGAUUCCGGCGACCGGUUUCCCGGCGAGUUCGUUCGUGGGGAAUGAUUGUCUCUGCGGCUUGCCUUUGCCCGCUUGUUAAUUGUACAAUACCGUUUCAUAAAUACAUUGAAAUUGUAAUUUACGUGCUUAUGGUUUAUUGAUUAAACUAUAUAUAAACUAGUACGGAAGCCCGCGCUUCGCGGCGGGAGGAUUAGAGUGUUUGAUCUUCGAAUUCAUAAGUGAGGGGGGAAAUAUGAAAAUAGAGUUAUUAUAAUGCAAUCAAACAAUCAUGAUUUGUCAAUAAUCAUGAAACAAAUACUAAUGAGCUUGUCAAAUGAAUACUUAACCUGACAACUGAUAUCGUAAUCAACUCAACACCUCAGGUGUGGAAGGCAAUGAAUCCUACAAUUUCUUUGCUUACAUGUUCAAUGCAUAGAAAACAAAUGCUGCACCGAAAUGAGCAUUCGGUUCUUGAAUUUCUGAAUAAAUAUUAACACAGAUGCCACCCUGUGCAAUAACAAUAGAAAAGGUCAACUGGAGCUAAACAUAACUACACUUUGAAGUUGUCAAGCUAAUAGCACGACUGUAGCUUGUGCAAAGGGAAAUCAGGGUGGCUCCCAUCAGGCUACAUUGAGAGGCGCUAGCGUAUUCCUGCUGCUAAGUAAAGCUUUAUUAAAGUCGGACUUCCCUUUCUGUUCUCCUGUACCACAGUUGGUGCAGCCUGUCUGAAGACAAAAACCAAUUCUCAAAGAACUAAUAAAAACUGUGUCAAAAAUUAUGCAUCCUUGAAAUAUUUCAAUAGACUAUUUUAAUCUGUAUGAUAACUUUAUGUUGGUAUUCAACUACAUAUACAACUGACAACUAAAAAGGUCACACCCUCCUAUUAUGUUAAAGGAAAAUUUUGAAACAUGAAGACGAAACCAAAAGGGAAUAUGGUGGAGUAAAGAACUAAGAACGGGAGGCUCGUAAGCAGGCAAGGCAAAACGAACUGUUGAACACAACAAUAUAGAAGGAACAUAUUCAAAACUGGUAGAAAUUAAUAAACCGACCAUCUCAAGGAUAAGACUUUCUGUCAAUUUGUAACAUGAGUGGCUGCAUUAGAUAUUGGGCACAACUGAGCAAGGCAAAGAUGAAGACUCACCAACUCUGCUCCAGGCUCCAGCGGACCAAAAAACUGCAAGAAUAGCCCGUUCAAAUAAAUCAUAUCAAAUGGUAAAUACAAUAGAACACCAUGAUCAAUAUUUUUAUUAGAAUGUUUCAACUCUAACCAUCAUAUUCAUCAUAAUAAUAAUGAUAAUAAUUAACUAAGUGUCCU